CUGUCCCAAUACACUCUGGAGGGUACAUCGGCGAAUCUGGCCGUAAAUAUAAAAUCGAACGGACACAUGAUUAUCCGCUUACUUAACUACUACAUCCUCAGUGCCGCCAAUGAAAAGUUCAUCCUCAAGUACAUUCACCCACUACUUGAAGUCAUGUCCGCCUUCCGCAGGACAUACUACCGGACAAAUCAAUGUUUUGCGUUUGAGUACUUCACUGGACAUCUGUUGCAGCUUGUUCAGGAUGAUUUGCCCCUGCGAAUGCCAUCCAUGAAAUCGACAAACUCAAUGACCACGAUACUGUCCAUAUUGGUAGGCUUAUUCUGCGAAGAUACCAAGGCGGGCAGUAUUUUUUCAUCGACUGGAAAGGCCAUGGCCAGGAUACCAGUCAGCGGCAGGAAACCAGUUGUGGAGGAGUCCUUAAGCCCAUUCAUCAGGGCCCUAAAUAAGCCUUCUGAUAUCUGCUCUUUUGCCUUUGUCUGCAUCUGCGCGGUACACACACGGGUCAUCUUUGCCGUUUGGGAAGAAGAGUUAGACGAAGGGAUUGAUCCGCUGUCCAUUAUAAUUGAGCGCCAAAUCUCAUGCUUUGCAGACGAAGAUGGGAUAGAAGGGCUUUUGAAACACCUUGGAGGCAGUCCUUGGGCCCAAGUUUCGAAGGGAAGAUGGUUGACAGCCUUGAGCACAAGCCGUGCAAUCCUUAAUUUCAGAGCUUGCGGUAAUAGAAUGAACAACCCUCGUAGAAUGCGCUGCCCAAGUGUUCCGAGUACCCUUGUAUCUAUCAACGGGUUAGUAUCACAUCACCCCAGCACAACCACUUCGAAAAGGGACCAAACCUGUGUUAUAGGACUGCCAUCCACGGUGAUUCUCUUGUUCAAUGGACAUAUAAUUAAACGUGGAAAUCGGUUUAUGAAUUGCUAG